AUGGAUCUCGAGAGUCGGUUGCGAGCAGCGGAACAGCAACUACGUGAACUCGUCCAAGCGCUCCCUCCACUUCCUUCAGCAGCAGAGCUUCACGACAAAAUUGUUCAAUAUUGUAUUGAUUUCCAUGAUUGCACAAAGGCGGUCACAUCUCUGGAGAACCGUGUUAAUGAGCUUAGAGUUUCCUAUGAUUCUCUGACCAAUCGAAUUCAUCAGGCCGAAUAUCUCGAAUUGCAAUCUGAUCACUUACGCUUAAGAGUGCUCUUUACACUGACUCAAUUGCGUAAUCUCUUUGACCUUUGUCCCAUAUUAAUGGCAACCAGACGCGUAAGGGAAAAGGAAUGGGCUACUCUCAUCAAUGGACCUCACAACACGAGCAAUAACGAACCGCUUUUGAUGAACCUGAGUGAAACUGAAGUUGUUGCAACUGAACAGCUGAGCAGAAUCGCUGAAAUCCAGUCAAAAGUGAGGAAUUUACGCAGAUCGUAUCAUUAUGAAUAUUACCAGAGUAGGGCUUGCUUCGCAGAUGACAAGCCCAGCACGAUGGAGCUGCAGCAGAUGGUCACAGAAUCGUGCGAAGAAGUCUUGGAGUGCCGGAAUGAGCAACCUGAACGCAAGCCGAUGGAUGAGGGCGCCGUCGAUUCGAUGCAGUACGAAGAAGACCUCAUCAACGAGAGACUUGAGCAGAUGAAGCCGGACCCGGACGAAGAGGAUACAGGCAAUCUCCCGAAUGUAGAGAUGAACACUGAACUCGAUGAGGAAGAACCGCUGCUUGAGCUUGUGGAAGAUGAGGAGUACGAGUUGGAGAGCAACCUUGAAAACAACGCUAGUCUGCUGGGAGUCAAGCGAGAGGUUGAGGACGAGGCCGAUGAAGGUGUACCGCCAAACAGGCCAGAAGACGACUUUGUGAACAAUGAAACGAAGCCUGAGGAAUGUGCCGAAACUGCAUUUCGCGGAACCUCAGAUGAUCGGCUGAGCAGAAUUAAGGCUGAGAUUCAGAGCGCUGAGCAGAAGCUCCUCCAGCUUGAUGAAAUUACUAGACAGCUCGAACACGAGCCAACAUGCCCUUCAAGGAACAGCGAUCGCGGAAAGAUUCGUCGACCAAAAGGACGAUCCAUGCGGUGCGUCUUCUGUGGUACUGUAGGGUUACACUACUCCAACUCUUGUGCAAGGGUCACCACAGCCAGAGAGCGUCGAGUGCUUGUGUUAGCGAAUGGCAGGUGCAAGUACUGCUUGGAGCGCCGCUGUAAAGAAGAGAAGAUGAUACGUGCAAGCAUUACUAUUCGAGGUGUUUCUACUGCAACAAGAAAGGCCACCAUUCUGCGCUUUGUAAGCUGCCUGAACGGAGCGACGAGAUCCGGAGGAGAAUUGCUGUAG